UAUAUGACUCUUUUUAAAAAGUCAGAAUAAUAAAAUAAUAUUAUUAAUAUUAUUGAUUUAAAGGUGAAAUGCAAUAAGAAUUACAGAAAAAAAUGAUUGACUAAAAGAAAAAAUAAAGAAAAUUAAUUUAAAAUUAACGUAAAAUAGGGAAGAUCAAAGUGAUAAGACAGAGAAGCGUGGCAUAGAAUCAGUGGCUCAAAUCUCACAAAAAUCUCCAACUCUCCUCCUUGGAUAAGAGAAGUAUCCAGAAGCCUUUCACUUCCACUGAUCCAUCCUUCUAAUAUUCCCAAAACCAUCUCACAAAACUCACUCCUCAACUCUCUCUCUCUCUCUCUCAUCUCCAAGCCCCUCCGACCAAUGGCGGCGACAAUGGCAACAUCAGCCACAUGCAUGUCCUUAAACCCAUCUCCUCCUAAGUCCCCAAACCAAACCAAACCCAUCUCCUCAUCAAAACCCUUCAUCACCCUCCCAACACCACCAAAACCCACCGUCUCUCUCGCCGUCACAAGCACCGCCCUCGCCGGCGCCGUAUUCUCCACCCUCAGCUACUCCGAACCCGCCUUCGCUGCCCACCAGAUCGCCGAGCUCGCGGCAGCGGCCGCGGGAGGUAGCGACAACCGAGGACUAGCUCUUCUCCUCCCGAUCGUCCCGGCGAUCGGAUGGGUGCUCUUCAACAUUCUCCAGCCAGCUCUCAACCAGAUCAACAAGAUGCGCGAGAGCAAAGGAGUCGUCGCGGGUCUUGGCAUCGGCGGUGGUCUCGCUGCGUCAGGGCUUUUGACUAUGCCUCCGGAGGCCUCUGCUAGUGUAGUUAACCAGAUGGCGGCGGUGGCGGAAGCGGCUGCGAAAGGCGAAGACAACAGGGGACAGUUGUUGUUGUUCGUGGUUGCACCGGCUCUACUUUGGGUUCUUUACAAUAUAUUGCAGCCUGCUUUGAACCAACUCAAUAAAAUGAGGUCUGAGUAAUAAUAUAUUAUCAUCGUUGGGAUUCAAAUGUAAAAUUAAUCCUUUGUUUUAUGGACAGUUUUUUAUGUUUAAAAUUUUGGACAUAUCCUUUGUUAUA